AUGGCGCAGGGCGGCUUCCCCCGGGAUACUACCAAAGGACGGGUCUGCUGGCCAGCGGCCAAGAGUCCACAGGCUUCGGCAUUGCCGGGGAUCCAGGGAUCCCAGGGCUUCAGAGGCCACGGUGCCCCCGGAAGGGACGGUACGUGGCGUGAACCCACCCCCGGUGCUGAGGAAAAAGACCCAGCACCCGGCGAGGUUGACGGCAGAGUAUGGAAGAAUGUGUGA